AUUUACCCUCGCGGAGCGCAUACGAAAUCAAUUUUUUACAAGGAAAACGACAGUGCAAACUGAUAACUGUUAUUUAACGUUAUUGUGUUGUAUUAAAAAGGGUUGCACUUACCCAGAGAAUAUUUAGCGAGUGUUUAAAAUAAAGCCGCAAAAGUGGAUACCGAUACCGAUACCGUGAAAGUCGAGGAUUUGAUGGACUCUGAUCCUGACAUUGAGUUCAUUGAAAAGGAUAGCGGGAUGUCUUCGUUAGGUGGCAGCAAAGACGAGACGCCAGAGCGCCGCACAGUCGCAAUUCCAAACGAUGAUCCGCAGGCGGAUGCUGAAAAUUACGAUGAUGAACCGGAUGAAUCGUUCGGCGAACGGAUGUUGGGACUCUCGGAAAUGUUCCCGGAAUCGGUGCGGAAUGUGGCCAGCGCCGUAACGAGCACCGCGGUGAAGAGUUUCCGCAGUCUGUAUCAGUUCUCGUGCAAUGCAUCGUGGAUAUUCUUUACCAGCUCCGUCAUACUGUUUGCGCCCGUCAUCUUUGAGACGGAGCGCGCCCAAAUGGAGGAGCUGCACAAGUCACAGCAGAAGCAAGUGCUGCUUGGUCCUGGCAGUGCCAUGGCCGCAACUGGACCAUCGCCCAGUUUACCAUUGAUUCGUUAAUUUACAUUUGAAAUAUACAUAUGCGCAUACGUUAGUUCGGAUUUGCCAGCGGGACGUCGAAUCAGUCCAAGUGCAAGUCCAAGUCCCUGCCAGUGAAUUACACACACACACACACACAAACAUGCCACACAGCAAUAGAUAUUCCAACAAGAACAACAAAAGAGCCACAGCCACGCCUCAAGCAUUUACCAUCGCGAUGCAGCAUAAUCUUUGGACACAUCUCGGAGCAGUUGGCAGAGUAUUUUGUAGUUGGCCUCCUAAACACAUCAAAUUCUAACAAUUACUGUUUAAAGAAAUUAAUAAAAAAUACGUUUAUUAAGAGUUAA